GUCUGGUUACAAGCAGUGGAGCCCUCCUCCUUCUCCUUCUCCUUCUCCUUCUCCUUCUCUUUCGUGGAGAGAGGCUCGAGUCUACACACCAACAAAGUCCUUCUUAACUUCAUUUCUCUGGUGGAUCUCAUUCGGAUCUAUCACUCUCUCUCUCUUUCAGAUCUCCAUCAUCCUCUGUUAAUUCUUCCUAUUUGUAAGCUUCCAUCAGACCUCCUGAUCUCGUUACUACAAAACCCUAAAUCUCUUUGUCUAGAUUAAGAUUGCUUUCGAUCUCAAUUCUUCAAUUUUGCUUCCCUGUUGACUCCCAAGUCUGCAGCUUUACCUCUUGCUUCAGCAGAAUCUCAGAUCCAUAAAGCUAAAUCCUUUCGACGUAUGUGGAGGAAGUUAAGAGAGAAAGGGUGUUUCUUUUGAUGACAUGAGGGAUGUUAGCUACGUUAAUGAAACUUCUGAGUGCUUGUCUGUGGCCUUCUUCCUCCUCCUCCUCUUCCUCCUCUGAUUCAGCAGGGAGACAAGAUGGGUUGCUCUGGUACAAAGACUCUGGUCAGCACCUACUCGGCGAGUUCUCAAUGGCGGUUGUUCAGGCCAACAAUCUGCUCGAGGAUCAGAGCCAAGUCGAGUCUGGCCCUUUGAGCACGCUUGAUUCUUCUGGUCCUUACGGAACUUUCGUUGGAGUAUACGACGGUCAUGGCGGCCCUGAGACUUCACGCUUUGUUAAUGAUCAUCUCUUUCAGCAUUUAAAGAGAUUUGCAGCAGAGGAAGCGUCUAUGUCGAUGGAUGUAAUAAGAAAGGCUUACGAGGCGACGGAAGAAGGGUUUCUAGGGGUUGUGACGAAGCAGUGGCCUGUGAAGCCACAGAUUGCAGCUGUUGGGUCUUGCUGCUUGGUGGGUGUUAUAUGCGGAGGGAAGCUCUACAUCGCUAACGUUGGGGAUUCCCGUGCGGUUCUUGGAAGGGCUGUGAGGGCGACAGGUGAGGUUAUUGCGCUUCAGCUCUCAGCGGAACAUAACGUGAGCAUAGAGAGUGUUAGACAGGAGAUGCACUCCUUGCAUCCGGAUGACUCUCAUAUUGUUGUGUUGAAGCAUAAUGUGUGGCGCGUUAAAGGACUCAUUCAGAUAUCUAGAUCCAUAGGCGACGUGUAUCUUAAGAAACCGGAGUUCAACAGGGAACCACUGUACACAAAGUAUAGACUCCGGGAGCCGAUGAAAAGGCCGAUCUUGAGUGGGGAACCGUCGAUAACAGAGCAUGAGCUCCAACCGCAUGAUCAGUUUCUGAUAUUUGCUUCAGACGGUCUAUGGGAACAGAUGAGCAACCAAGAAGCUGUUGACAUCGUUCAGAACCACCCACGAAACGGGAUAGCGCGUAGACUGGUGAAGAUGGCACUGCAAGCUGCAGCGAAGAAGAGAGAGAUGAGAUAUACUGAUCUGAAGAAGAUAGAGAGAGGCGUGAGGAGGCAUUUCCACGAUGACAUCACUGUGGUGGUCAUCUUCCUUGAUACCAGUGUAGUGAGCUCUGCCAAAGGACCUUCUCUUUCUAUCCGAGGCGGCGGUAUGACUUUCCCCAAGAAACUCUAAAAAGUUGCUUCCUUCCUCUUUUUUUUCCUUUUUUUUUUUUUAGAUUCCCAUCUUUUGUAGCUACGUAUAAAAAAAUGUGUCACUCUUUGUUGUUGUUGGUAUAAGAAUGUAUAAUUUGUAACGUGAAAAGCCACACACCACUGACGUUUGGAAACUCAAUUCCAGUAAUCAUUAAUUUUUAUUUAUUA